CCGCCCAAGCUGUGAUGCGACACCCUCAUCACACUUCACAGCAGCGAGCGCCCGCCUUAGCUUAGAAUGCGAUCGCAGUCUGCAGCUCUGUGAUGUGAUAGUACAGUACGGUGUACCACUGUGCUUCCUUUUCCUAUCGCUAAUGCUUAGGGCGCGAAGGCCCUGCUAGACAGUCUCGUCGCGUUUUGUUCCUGCUACAUGCCCCCCGACCCUGCACCCGUACAAAGCGAUGCGUCUUCUCAAGUAUGGAGAAAAAGAAGACCUCUCUAUCGCCGAGUUUAAUGAAGACACAAAGCCGCCGUAUGCGAUACUUUCCCAUAGGUGGGGAACGGAAGCGGACGAGGUAACCUUCGAAGACGUGGUAGGGAACACGGCCAAGAACAAGCCUGGCUAUGCGAAAAUUCGCCUCUGCGGGGAACAAGCACAGCGAGAUGGCUUGCAGCACUUCUGGGUCGAUACUUGCUGCAUCAACAAGGCAAACAAGGCUGAGCUGUCGCUGGCUAUUCAAUCUAUGUUUCGCUGGUACCGCGACGCAGCGCGAUGCUACGCCUACCUGUCAGACGUCUGUUUGUCGUCUUCUGAAGCGGAUAAGACAUCAAAGGCGCCGGCCUGGGAAACAGACUUCCGCAGAAGUGAGUGGUUCGUCCGUGGCUGGACGCUCCAGGAGCUUCUCGCACCAAGCUCGGUCGAUUUCUUCACACGAGGUUGGGAGAAGCUCGGUGACAGGAGAUCACUAGGGCACCAGGUCCACGAGGUCACCGGCAUUCCGCAUUUAGCGCUGCAUGGAGCUGCGUUAUCUCAAUUUAGCAUCAACGAGCGGUUGCGGUGGGGUGAAUAUCGGCAUACCACACUUCCAGAAGACAAAGCGUACUCACUAUUAGGUAUUGUCGAUGUUGACUUGGCGCCAUGCUAUGGCGAAGGUCUGGAUGGAGCGUUUAGGCGACUUCACGACGAGAUCGAUAAGACAAAACGAUGCAUCCAAGACUUACGCGACACAGACUCGCGUGACGACAAGAAGCGCAUUGAGGAUACGAAGGGCGGGUUGCUAAAAGACUCGUACCGUUGGGUCCUUCACAACAAUAGUUUCCGACAAUGGCACGAAGACCCGCAGAGCCGACUGUUAUGGAUUAAGGGUGACCCUGGCAAGGGCAAGACGAUGCUGCUCUGUGGUAUUAUCGACGAGCUGCAAAGUUCGAUGCCCCAAAGUGGCCUACUGUCGUACUUCUUCUGUCAAGCGACCGAUAGGCGCAUUAAUAGCGCCACAGCUGUGCUACGAGGGCUGUUGUACAUGCUCGUGAGCCAGCAACCAUCGCUUGUAUCGCAUGUCCGCAAAAAGUACGAUCACGCGGACAAGAACAUGUUCGAGGAUGCAAACGCGUGGGUUGCCCUGGCAAAGAUCUUCACGGACGUGCUGCAGGAUCCGAGCUUGACCACUACGUACCUGAUCGUCGACGCGCUAGACGAGUGCGUCACUGACCUGCCAAAGCUGCUUGACUUUAUCGCAAAGCAGUCGUCUGCCUCUUCUCGCGUCAAGUGGAUCGUCUCUAGCCGUAGCUGGCCAGAGAUAGAGGGACGCCUAGAGCAGACAGGCCACAAGCUCAGGCUGAGCCUUGAGCUAAAUGCAGCAUCUGUGUCGAUGGCGGUCCAAGUCUUUAUCGAUCAAAGGGUCUCUGAGCUCGCGCAGCAGAACAAGUACGACGAGCCGACUAAGCGCGCUAUACUCGAGCAUCUAGCAUCAAAUGCGAACGACACCUUCCUCUGGGUGUCGCUGGUGUGUCAGCAUCUUCGAGCGACGGCAAAGCGAAACGUUCUGAGGAAGCUAAAAUUGUUCCCGCCUGGACUGAACGCCCUGUACGAGCGGAUGAUGCAGCAAAUUAGCAAGAUAGACGAUGCCGAGCUCUGCAAGCAGGUGCUAGCUGUGGUCACACUCGUGUAUCGGCCAAUUACGCUCGAGGAGCUGGUGACCCUUGUCGAACCGCUUGAAGACGUAGCCGACGACUUAGAAUUACAGGAUAUUAUUAGCCUUUGCGGCUCGUUCCUCACCCUGCGAGAGCAGACUGUGUACUUCGUGCACCAGUCAGCUAAGGACUUUCUCCUUACCGAGGCAGCUCAAGACGUUUUCCCAGCCGGACUAGAGGCCGCCCAUCAGGCCAUCUUCGCUAGAUCACUUCAAAUCAUGUCCACGACCCUGCGACGGGACAUGUAUAGCCUUAAAGCACUAGGCACACCUAUCAACGACAUUAAAAUGCCUGAUCCAGACCCGCUAGCAGCAUUGCGUUACUCGUGUGUUCACUGGGUCGACCAUCUAUGCAACUCAAGCCCUACAGCUUCCGCAGCCUAUGCAGAAUGUCUACGAGAUAGAGGCAUUGUAGAUAGAUUCCUAAGGGAAAAGUUUCUAUAUUGGCUGGAGUCUCUCAGCCUUUGCAAGAGCAUGUCGAAAGGCGUAGUCUCAAUGAAGGAGAUACAGAUGUUAGUGCAGGGACAGGGGAAGGCAACUUUAUUUACUCAGCUUGUGUAUGAUGCAUAUCGAUUUGUUAUGUACCAUAAACAAGCAAUUGAAAGUAGCCCCCUUCAGGCAUAUGGAUCUGCGCUGUUGUUUAGUCCAAAGCAGAGUUUAGUAAGGAGACUAUUUCAGCACGAAGACCCAAAGGGUAUCAUACUCAAUCCAGGCAUGAGCAACGGGUGGAGUGCGUGCCUGCAGACACUCGAGGGUCAUAGCGAGGUGGUCACCUCCGUGGCCUUCUCGCACGACUCGAAGCGGCUAGCCUCAGCAUCGUGGGAUAGGACUAUCAAGAUAUGGGAUGCGAGCAGUGGCGUAUGUCUACAGACGCUUGAGGGCCAUAGUGAGGCAGUCGCCUCUGUGGCCUUCUCGCAUGACUUGAUGCGGCUAGCCUCAGCGUCGUGGGACAGCACUAUCAAGAUAUGGGAUGCGAGUAGUGGCACAUGUUUGCAGACGCUUGAGGGCCAUUACUAUUGGACUAACUCCGUGGCCUUCUCGCGCGACUCGACGCGGCUAGCGUUAGCGUCGUGGGACAACACUAUUAAGAUCUGGGAUGGGAGCAGUGGCGCGUAUCUGCAGACGCUUGAGGGCCAUAGCAAUAUAAUUAGCUCCAUAACCUUCUCUCACGACUUAACACGACUAGCGUCAGCGUCGUGGGAUAGGACUAUCAAGAUAUGGGAUGCGAGCAGCGGCAUGUGUCUGCAGACGCUCAAGGGCCAUAUUGAUGUAGUCACUUCUGUGGCCCUCUCACACAACUCGACGCAGCUAGCCUCGGCGUCUGACGACAGGACUGUCAAGAUAUGGGACAUGAACAGCGGCGCGUGUCUGCAGACGCUUGAGGGCCAUAGCGAUAUAAUCACCUCUGUGGCCUUCUCUCACGACUCGAUGCGGCUAGUCUCAGCGUCUAAAGACAGCGCUGUUAAGAUAUGGGAUGCGAGCAGCGGUGCGUGUCUGCAGACGCUCAACGUUGACGAGCCUCUUCUCAACUUAUCAUUCGAUGCUACUGGCUCGUGUCUCUUUGCCAAAAUUGGAUCUAUCAGUAUUAGUGCAUCUAUGAGUUUUAGUACAGAGGAUGUUACAGUACCUCAAUGCCCACAGUACCUAGACCUGGGCAUUAGCUUAGACAAUACAUGGAUUACACGUAAUGGUAAGAACUUGCUCUGGAUACCUCCCGAGUAUCGACCAUCAUGCUUAUCUGUGUGGGGGGAUAGGAUUGGCAUAGGUGUUAGAUCAGGGAGAGUAUGGAUCUGUAGUACUAACUUUUAAAUAUUUUCCUAGCUAGUUAGUUGUAUGUACUUAUGAGCACGUACGAAGAGUC